AUGGAACCAACAAAGGAAGGUGAUAUUUGCACCGUGGUCCAAGCAGCCCUGAGUGAUAACGAGAAAAGCGAUGAUUCCCAGACGCUUGUCCGCUGCGAAGACUCGUCAUCUUUUCCGGAAGGAGGAUGGCGAGCCUGGUUAGUAGUCUUGGGCGCAUGGUGCGCCAUCUUCCCAACGAUGGGGAUAAUGAAUCUGUACGGGUUGUUGGAAGACUGGCUGGCGGAACACCAGCUACAUGGAUAUUCGAAAGCAUCCAUUUCGUGGAUAUUUAGCUUGUGGCUAUUUUUCUUCUAUCUUGGUGGCAUCCAGAUCGGUAUGCAUCUCUUCCAUUCCGACGCUCAAAUAUCUACUGACGGGGUCCUAUACCUCCUCGUACCUGGCUGUAUUGGCAUGACCUUGUCGAUGAUGUUCCUCAGCGUCUCCCACGCAUACUACCAAUUCAUCUUGGGAUUUAGCAUCCUAGGUGGGCUUUCCGCGUCAGCAGUGUACACACCCAGUGCUGCGUGCAUCACGCACUGGUUUCUCAAAAAACGUGGUCUGGCGACCGGGAUCGCAACGACAGGGGGAGGCAUUGGAGGAAUCAUCUUCACCAAUGUGUUCGGAAUCCUGAGCAUUAAGAUCGGAUUCCCCUGGACAAUUCGCAUCCUGGGAUUUAUAUUCCUCGCUAGCCUAAUGGUCAGCCUGCUUACUCUUGAAGCACGUCUCCCACCUAGUUCAUCGGCAGGGAGCAAGAUCGACAUUCGCGCCCUCAAGGAGCCCGUCUUUACUAUGACUUCCAUCGCUGUCAUUUUCGCGGAAAUCGGCCUGAUAGUACUAGUUACUUAUUAUCCGUCCUAUGCACAAUCGCACGGCAUCACUGGCGCCCUUUCCUACCAGCUCAUGACGAUCAUGAGCGCAACUUCUAUCUUCGGCCGCGUCAUUCCGGGAGUUCUAGCGGAUAUAUGGGGCCGCUUCAACGUUAUGUUUGGAACCUGUGCUAUAUGUACUAUUCUGUCCUUUGGGCUGUGGUUUACAGCAGGCAACGACAGGGCAUGCAUCCUGGCUUUCGCGGCAUUGAUUGGAUUCUGGAGCGGACCAGCGAUAAGUCUGACACCCGUCUGCGUGGCUCAAAUCUCGAAAACCGAGAGCUAUGGUAAACGAUUUGGAACAACAAUCGCGUUGAUGGCAUUCGCCCUGUUAGUUGCCAUUCCUGUGGCUGGUGAGAUCUUGAAGGGGCAGAAUCGGGGGACAGUAGAGACGGAGUAUUCCGGCUUGAUUGGGUUCUGUGGCGCGGCGUAUGCUGGAGCUUGCCUGUUUCUGUUUCUAGCCAAAGGGGCCAGUGUUGGCUGGCGGGUGACCAAAGUAUUUUGAGCAAUUAGUAGGGUUUGCUCCAGAUUAAGGGUAGAUAGAAUAGAGAG